GAAGAGGGCACAGGUGGGUUGAGAUGAUACUGAAGGGAUGCAACAAUGCCAGAAUACGUUCCAUAUUAAUACUAAAAAAAAGAACCUUUAUCCAAAUUAUUAAGAGUGAAGUGACACGUGUCUGUGCAGGCGAUAUAAGACCCCCCUUCUUUCGGUCUGCCGGACUCCCACCAUCAUCACUGCCAAAUUGGGAGCCUGUCUCUAUGACAACGUAGUACAGGCGGGGUUUGCCAGCUGGAGGCAGAGUCAAUCAGUCCUCAGUUGGCAUCACAGCUCGAAUCCUCCACACUGCAUCACGCCCUGAGUGGAAUGGACGAAAAGGACAAGAAAGAAAAUGGGGAGUAUAUCGGAGAGAUAAAGGGUGGGCUGCGGCCUUCAAUGAAACUGGUUGUUAUGGGAAUUGUUAACAAAAAACCCAAAAGUAUUGAAGUGACCCUGUCCAGUAAGCCUCAGGAGGAGGACACAGAGGGCGACGUGGGUCUUCAGUUAAAGGUCAGCUUCAUGGAUAAGGCUGUUCAACGCAACGCCCGCCUGGCUGGAAAGUGGGGUCCCUCUGAAAAUACCCUCUCCUUCUUUCCUUUUGCACCUGGAGAAUCCUUCAAGAUGGAGAUUGUUUGUGAGCACCAGCAGUUUCGUAUCUUGGUGGAUGGACAGCCUCUGUGUGGCUUCACCCACCGGCUCUCCCAGCUCACCUCCCUCACCGCCUUACGAGUCUUUGGAGAUCUACAGCUCACCAAGGUGGCCUAACACCAGCAUCUCACCACACAGAUACAUAACAUGACGAUGUCCCGGGACAGUAUUUGAUACAUAAGAUUAGAAUAGAGCUACUUCUCGAGUGAAUAAAUUGACCCAUGAUGGGGAUUGUUGUGUUUCCUGUUCCAAACAAAGCUAAACUUGCCUCGUAAUCACGUGUUAAGACGAAGUGCCUUCACUAGAUUACCUGUUUGGGGACUUGAAGAUACUGACUGAAUGUAACAGUCAACAAUGUCUUAAAUUAACUGAGGAAUGUGAUUUGAACUGAAGUGAAUUAAGUUUUAAACAAUGUGGUCUGAGCUACAAUAUUUUCCCUCGAUGAACAUUUGUACAAACAUGAUGUGUCACUAUAAAAAGGAGUGCUGCAUCAGCCUUUGUGCACUGAAACAAGAUUUCAGAUGUUUGUCUUUAAUUUCUCUGAAGUUAACCUUUGAAAGCACUUACGUUUACGAGCGCCUGCAUGAAGAUGAAUGUCUCUCAAAUCAACUGAUUGUCAUUCUGUGGCCGACUAAGUACUGUAACAGGUGUAAUAAUAUAAAACAGGUUAAAUAGCCUACAUUAGUGCAUGUCAGUAAUCCAUACAGUAUCUUUCAUUCCUCUGAGUUUGCCUCCAGAUUACACACACAGGUGGAAAGAUUAGGUUGUGUCACACUCUCUGUUAUUGUACCAUUAUCAAUUUAAGCUUUGAAAAGCUACUAACGCCCACUGGUUUCUGUACUUUUCAUUUACCACUAGCACUUUUUAUGUGAAUGUUAUAUAUUGACUUUACUUCACUGCAAUAAAUCACUUUUGUUGUUA